GGUGUCAAUCCUCCCCAAAGAACCAGCAAUGGAUCUCCGACUCCAAGCACUGCUUGCGCUGCUACUCAUCGUCGCGGCCUCCGCCGAAGAUUGUGGCCGUCAGGCCGGGGGAAGAACUUGCCCACCCGGAAUUUGCUGCAGCAAAUGGGGGUGGUGUGGAGUCACCCCGGAUCACUGCGGCCAUGACUGCCAGAGCCAGUGUGGCGGAUCAACCCCCCCAGGUGACGGCAUUGGGUCGAUCAUCACGUCCUCGAUCUUCGAGGACCUGCUCAAGCACCGCAGGGAUUCCGGCUGCGCUGGCGGCUUCUACACUUACACCGCCUUCAUCACCGCCGCGAGGUCCUUCCCGAGCUUUGGAAACGAGGGAUCGCUGGAGGAGAGGAAGCGAGAGCUGGCCGCGUUCUUGGCACAGACAUCCAAGGAGACCACGGGGGGAUGGGCGACUGCUCCAGAUGGGCCAUAUCGCUGGGGCUAUUGCUUCGUCGAGGAGAGGAACAAGGACACUUACUGUCAAGCAUCGCAGCAAUGGCCCUGCAAUGGGGGCAAGAGAUACUUUGGUCGAGGACCCAUCCAGCUGACAUGGAAUUUCAACUAUGGGCUGGCCGGAUCACAGCUUGGCUUCGAUGGGAUCAACGAUCCAGACAUUGUUUCGAGAGAUCCGGUGGUUUCCUUCAAGACGGCGAUCUGGUUCUGGAUGACUGCGCAGAACCCCAAGCCUUCGUGUCACGACGUCAUUCUCGGGAAGUGGAGGCCAUCUGGCGCGGACUUGGCCGCUGGGAGAACCGCGAGCUACGGGACGGUGACCAACAUCAUCAAUGGCGGACUUGAGUGUGGGAUAGGCGAGGAUCCCCGUGUCAAGGAUCGCAUUGGCUUCUUCCAGAGCUACUGCCAGGUCUUGGGGAUCAAUCCAGGAUCAAACCUUGACUGCUACAACCAGCGGCCUUUCACACAGCUGCUGAUGGAGAAAGCAAGCCAGUGAUAAAAUCUACAGGAAUAAGAACUUGCAAAGAAUAAGGACCUAACUCUCAAGAUGCAAACUGGAAAAACUUGAAAUGUGCUCCUUCAUCUCGCCCUUUCAGCUCUCGAAAUCUUCUCUAAAAGCCCGCGAAGAUUUGCUUUGCUGCUCGUCAACCCUGCGAAAUACAAAGAAACAACGCAUUAGAGAGACGAUAGAGGUAGUGAUCGAUUGAUGGUUUUUCCAAUCACUGUACGAAAUGAAAUGAGACAGUAAAACUCGUGCACA